AUGCCUCGUAGGUUUUAUGAGAAGGUCCAGGCACUGCACCAGGACUCCAAGGCCUCGGUGGACAAUCCCUUGGUGGCCUUCAGCCUCAUCAAACGUCUUCACUCUGACUGGCCCAACGUCAUCUACAGCGAUGAGGCCACUGAGAACACCCAGGCCCUCCAAGCUGCCUUCAAGGAGGUGGAAGAGGAGCUUCCAGGAGCUGAGGACCUGGCCGGGGCUGCCCAGGCCCUGCUGAGGCUGCAGGAUGUCUACGGCCUCAGCGUCAAGGGCUUGGCCAACGGCGUCUUCCAGCGCGUUGCCUACGACACAGGUGACUACUACCACUCCAUCCCCUGGCUGGAGGAGGCCGCCAGCCUCUUCCGCCUCUCCUAUGGCAGCUGGAACCCUGAGGACAGGAGCAGCCUGGAGGAUGCUCUGGACCAUCUUGCCUUCUCCUACUUCAUGGCUGGAAAUGUGUCCCACGCCUUGAGUCUCUCCAGGGAGUUUCUCCACUAUGACCCCAGCAACCAACGGGUGGUGAGGAACGUGGCCAAGUACAAGAAGCUGCUGGAGAUGGGGAAGGUGGUGAGCACGGAACCCCUGAGGCGCCCCAACAGCACCCGCCUGCGGAACCGCGACGCCUACGAGGAGCUGUGCCAGCGCCCGGGGGGGCAGCAGGCCCUGGAGCAUCUCCCACACUUGAGCUGCUCCUACGAGACCAACGGCAGCCCCUACCUCCUCCUCCAGCCUGUGAAGAAGGAGGUGGUUCAGCUCCAACCCUACGUGGCUUUGUACCAUGAUUUCGUCAGUGAUGCUGAGGCUGAGACCAUCAAGGGGUUGGCAGGGCCAUGGCUGCAGAGAUCCGUGGUGGCCUCCGGGGAGAAGCAGCAGAAAGCCGAGUACCGGAUAAGCAAGAGUGCCUGGCUGAAGGACACUGCCCACCCCGUGGUGCAGGGGCUGGAGCGGCGCGGAGCCGCCCUCACCGGCCUGGACCUGAGACCCCCCUAUGCCGAGUACCUGCAGGUGGUCAACUAUGGGUUGGGAGGACACUAUGAGCCACACUUCGACCAUGCCACGUCCAGGAAGAGCCCCCUUUACAGAAUGAAGUCAGGCAACAGGAUCGCCACCCUCAUGAUCUACCUGAGCAAGGUGGAGGCCGGAGGCUCCACUGCCUUCAUCCAUGCCAACUUCAGUGUGCCCGUGGUUAAGAAUGCAGCUCUUUUCUGGUGGAACCUGCGGAGGAACGGGGAUGGUGACGGGGACACCCUUCAUGCUGGCUGCCCAGUCCUGGCUGGGGACAAGUGGGUGGCAAAUAAGUGGAUCCACGAGCAUGGGCAGGAGUUUCGGAGGCCGUGCAGCACUGACCCACAAGACUGA